GCUGGAGAUAUAUUAUCCUGAAGCCUGGCCAGUCUGUUUUCUUCAUGCCGGGAACGAUUCACUUUGUGUUCCGGGUGCGCGAGCAUCAGACGUUGGCGCUUGGUGGCCACGUUAUUCAGUGGUCAGACAUUAGGCGCUGGAUACAAGUCGUAUUUGCUUAGAUAAAGAACUCGGCCAUUACUAACGAAGAUAUAAGCGGAGCGCGCCGAAAUAUGUCCGUGCUGUGGCGAUGCUCGUCAAAGCUAGAGUGGAGGAAGGCGAGGUGGACCAGCUCGGUGGCGAAGCUGCGGUUACACAGUUCUUCGCAUCUGUGAAGGUAGGGCUCCCAGACGUUUUGAGGCAAAGGCUAAUCAGCUCAGGAAUUCGAGGAAAGGCCAAGGUCCUCUCUUUCGCUGCGUCCUCUACGCCUUCGCUACCUCGCUCGUCUCCUCUCCGAUUUAUAAUAGCAAAUACUGCCUCCACCGUCCAGAAGACUCCAACACGGCAAACCGCCGGCAUCAGCGGAAGAGCCAGGGAGCCGGGAAGAAUCGUAACAGCGCUUUCAACAUCGAUCAGGACGGCGGGCAGGAUCCGGCUCCUGAGAGAAUGCCCUCAGCCUUAUGAGCGGGCCCAUCAACAGCUGCUUGCCGACGACAGAUACGUUGCCAUUCGGGAUAAUCCCUCAUACAAAUAUGGGUGAAAAGGAUGAACCAGGGCUCCUAUUUCCAUUAAGCGGGCUUACCUCGAGAGGAUAUCCCAAUGCGGUGGCGGUGGCGGCGAUGGCUCGAUGUUGAACGAGAUCCUUGCGGUGGCGGCCGACGAGGCAGGAGGUACGU